CCAAAACUUCAAGGCGUUGUGUUCCUUGUUUGAGGUUAUUUUAUGAUAUUUUGUUAAAAUAAUUAAAUUACAUAAAUCUAAGGGAUGUCGUUGCCUCCAGCGAGUGGUACUGGCAGAUAUUUUGCUAGGGCCGCUAAAUCUAUACGCUUGAUCCGUCAGGGAUGUACGAACAGGCCAUUUUAUCAUAUUUCUGUUACUCAUCGAAGGAGACUGAACAGUCAGCCAGUGAUUGAACAACUGGGCUCAUACGAUCCCAUGCCAAACAUAAACAAUGAGAAACUAGUAGCUUUGAAUUUGGAACGAGUCAAAUACUGGCUGGGCCAAGGUGCUCAUGUUUCAAAUCCUGUUGCUGAACUUCUUGGAUUAUCUGGCUUUUUCCCUAUCCACCCUCGAUCCUACAUGACAGCUUGGAGGAACAGAAAGACAGAGAGAGAGAAUUUAGCCAAGUUAGAGGAAGAGAAGGCUAAAGAGAGUGCUUCAUCAUAAUACCUU